GAUACGAUCUCGGGGAGCCGUGUAGCCGUCAGUCGAGCCGAGUUGCUGCGGACGGGUGGUCAGCCGUCGCCCGAGACAGCAAACAACAUCGCGCCCAAUUUCCACUCAGGCUCUUUCUCCACUGUUUCGCAUACGAACUGAUGGACGCUGCUUAACGUUGCUCUCUGUCGCUCUCUCGAUCAUGGGCUGUACAAGCAGUGCUCCAAACAUGGUCAACUCAAGUAAAUCAGAAAAAAGCAUUCAAUUUGAAGAAGAUGCAAGUGAAGUCCAGUCUCGGGAUACAGAAGAAAUAAUUUAUAGAUCCGGAAAUGAUACAGAUGAAACAAAGCUUCCAUCGUGUGAUAAUUUAUCAGAACAUAAUAUAAAUGUAGUUAGAAAUAUAUCUACUUCUAGUUUAAAAACAGAAAAAGACAAUCAAGAAGACAGACAUAGUAAUGAGAUGAUACUUAAUAAAACGGUAUCUAGUGCUACACUACACGAAGAAGAAAGUCCGCCUAAACUAGAAGAAGUAGUUGAGAAAGUAGUAGACCUACAUUCUUCAGAAAAUCUUAACGAAACCAAACCUGAAAACAAACAUGAUGAAACUGCAAGGGAAACCGGAACUAGAGAAAGUAACGAUAGCGAUAACACCAAAGAAAGUAACUUCCAAGACAAUGAAACACACGAAGAUGAGAAGCAGGACACGCAAAAUGUCGAUUGUCCUGAAGAAGCCACAAGCCCGAGCCAAUCCGAGAGCAGUCGGGCCACGAGAUGGGAAGCUCUGGCGGAUAUAGCUGCAGAAUUACCGCCGUCUCUCACAGUAGAUCCUGUUACGGGGCAGAUUUAUGCGCUUUCUAAAUAA